AUGGCCUGUUUCUCCUUCUUCUUCCUGAACCUUCUCUGGGCGAUGGCUGGCACCAGUACUCAGUCUGAAAGUUCAUGCUUGGUUCCCACAGCAGACCAGUCCUUGGUUAAUGACAUACAAGUGCUCAUGGAGGAUUCCGUAACUUCAUUAGACUUUCCAAACCCCAGCAUCCUGAUUGCCAUGAACCUGGCUGGAGCUUACGACGUGGAGGCCCAGAAGCUCCUGACUUCUGAGCUCAUGGCCAGUAACCCUGCUGACCUAAGCCUUGGGCAGCUGGCCCUCACCGUCAUGGCCCUCACCUCUUCCUGCCGAGACCCGGGAGUUAGAGUAUCAGUUCUGCAAAGUCAGAUGGAGAAUUGGGCACCUUCGAGCUCCAACGCUGAGGCAAUAACCUUCUACAGCCCCAGUCUGGCCAUCUUGGCCCUGUGCCAGAAGAACUCAGAGGCAACCUUACCACUAGCCGUCCGUUUUGCCAAGACCCUGCUGGUCAAUUCGUCUCCCUUCAGCGUGGACACAGGAGCAAUGGCGGCCUUGGCUCUGACCUGUAUAUACAACAAGAUUCCUGUAGGGGCGGAGGAUGCUUACAGAGUACUGUUUGGUCAGGUGUUAAAGGAUAUUGUGGAGAGCAUCAGCACGCGGAUCAAGGACAAUGGCAUCAUAGGAGACAUCUACAGUACUGGCCUCGCGAUGCAGGCUCUUUCUGUAACACCUGUGCAACCCAACAAGCAGUGGAACUGUGAGAAGACCAUGGACACGAUACUUAACGAUAUUAAGCAAGGGAAAUUCUACAACCCUAUGUCCAUUGCUCAGAUCCUCCCUACUCUGAGAGGCAAGACAUACCUAGAUGUGCCCCUUGUGACUUGCAGCCCUGGAGCUGAUGUACAACCAACCGUACCCAGCCAACCAAGCACGCCCUCGACCUCACCAAGCAACAUCACCGUUAUCUACACCAUAAACAACCAGCUGAGGGGCGUGGAGCUGCUCUUCAACAUAACUGCUGACGUCAGUGUGAAAAAUGGAUCUGUGCUGCUCGUGGUUCUAGAACAAGCACAGCGCAAAAAUCCCAUGUUCAAAUUUCAAACCACAAUGACAUCUUGGGGCCCCAUGGUCUCUUCCAUCAACAAUAUUGCUGAAAAUACCAAUCACAGGACUUAUUGGGAGUUCCUUAGUGGCAAUACACCUUUGAGUGAAGGGGUUGCCUACUAUGUACCCUACAACAACGAGCACAUCACUGCCAACUUCACACAGUACUAAGCAGGAGGCAGACUCGACUGAGCACGUCCAAAGUUGGGUGCAAUCGUUCUUACUUCGUUUCAGAUUGAAUGUCCAUUUCAGCACUGCCACACA